AUGAGUGGAGGUCGUAUAUUGUACAACGUUCCAUGUUCGGUUUGCCAUGAUAACUCAUCCGGCAAACAUUAUAGUGUCUACGCCUGUGAUGGUUGCGCUGGUUUUUUCAAACGAUCCGUUCGACGCAAUCGAGUUUAUCAUUGCAAAAAUCGGAACAAAUGUGUCGUAGACAAAUAUCGACGAAAUCAAUGUCGCGCUUGCCGUUAUCGUCGAUGUAUCGAUGCAGGAAUGAACAAAGAUGCUGUUCAAAAUGAACGAGGUCCAAGGCAACCAUUCCCAGAUCGACAUAUGCAUAUAACCGGUUCAUUCGGAGUUAAGCCAGAGAUUUCUUAUGUUCCACCAAGCGUCCAAAUACCUUUGUCGAACACUCAAUUUCAGUCUACUCCAUCGUUAUUCAAAUUAGAUUUAUACGUGUAUGAAAUGGCUGCUCGUAUUCUUUUCUAUAUCGUGCAUUGGUUACGUUCAAUCAAAGAAUUCCAAGUCGUUCAUGUCAAAGAUCAGAUCGCUAGUCUUAUUCAUUGUUGGCAUGAGAUCUUUCUUUUAUCAUUAUGUGAAUACAAAUUUGAUGUGCCAUGGAUGAAUUUGAUUCAUUCAGCCGAUCGAUCCAAUGCAAUGGGAACCAAAAAUCUGUAUCUAAUGCAGGAUAUCUACAAUCGUAUUCAACAGAUGAAUAUCGACUACGUGGAAUAUUUCCAUCUAAAACUUUUACUCUUCUGUCGAUGGGUGGACAUAAAUCAGAAUUUGAACGAACGCAGUUUACUGGAUGAUCAUUUAGCAGCAUUAGAAAUGCAUGUUCAUCGUACUUAUCCUCUUCAACCACAACGUUUUGAUCAAUUGAAAAGUCUUCUAUCUAAUCUUCGUACAAUAUCAUCACCCGAAAUUCAAAAUGUCUUCUUCAAAAACAUUCUCGGAUAUUGUUCGAUUGAAUUAAUUCUACGAAAUUUAUACGAAACGAUAACAACAACGUCAUGA